UGCGCGCUUGACAUAGAUCAACACCCAUUCUCGCGAUUGCAUCUUACUGCGACUCUCAUCUAGUGUAUAAACGCUUGCGCAGUGCAACCGCCUUCUCCGCCGCCAAAUCGACCUACCUAGGCAACUACGAGGGUGACAAGCAAGCACUUCCUCUAGGCUAUUAUAAGGCUUGACGGCUACAUUGCGCUUUGCCACGACAUUGCAAGUCCUCAUAGUACCGCAAAGUCCUCCUGGCACAUCGCAUCACACCUGGGGUCGUUGGUCUUCCAGUUUGCGCUCAGAUCGAUCGACUACUCGAUCGCUCUACUCUCGUUCCCAACCUAGAUCUCACCGCUUCACCUCUUGACUUGCACGCGCCCGAGUACAGUCUGCGUGUUUGCCAUCUCGGCUCUCUCACCACACUAACCAUGGCAGCCAUGCACGAGUUGACGACGCAGUUGCAGUCGCUUCAAGCAUUAAAACCACCCGGAGUCACGCCAACCAAGGUCAAGGCCAUCACCAAGAUAUGCGUAGACAACAUUCAGUCCGACACCGUCAUCGUCCAAAAGAUCCUGCAACAGCUUCAGAACAGCGCCGCCACACACAAGCUCGGAGUGCUAUACGUUGUAGACUCGGUCGCUCGACAAUGGGUAGAGAAGGCUAAACUGGCAGGCCAGGCCGUAUCUAAGAAUGCUGCCCGUGGAACAUAUGCUUCCGGCGUGCAGUUGAUCCGAGAUGUGCUUCCUGUAGCAAUGAGUAAUCUCGUGCAGUCAGCGCCCGAGAACCAGAAAGAGAAAAUAUCGAAGCUCUUAGACAUCUGGGAGCGCGGCCAAACGUUUCCGCUCGAUAUGCUUGCAACCUUCAAGCAGCAGUUGAACAGUGGCCAGAACAUUGCUUAUGAACCGCCAAGUCCGCCAAAGAUCAAUGGCGCAGGGCCCACCUUCAAAGCUCAGACUAACCAGCAGCCACCAGCCCCUCCACCACAGGCACAAUCACAGGCACAGACGCAGGAUCCGAAUGCUCUUUUUGCUGCGCUUUCUGGCUUUAGCCAACAAAAUGUCCCCACUAACGGUGCGCCUGCUGUAGCGCCACCUGCUUUUCCUUUCGUUCAGAAUAUGGUACCGCCACCACCUCCCCCAGGAUUUGUGCCUCCGCCCCUUGGAACCAAUGGACAACCUGGAUUACCUCCUCCACCAGCUGGCAUGAAUGAUUUAGCAGGCCAAAUCCUACAGGCUAUGAGUGCAGGUUCAAUUGCCCCUGAUCAAGCAAUACAGGUACUAAACGCACUGGCUACGGCCCAGAAUGGGGGCAUGCCUUUGCCACCGCAGACAGCAGUCGUCCCCCAGACGCAACUGCAGGCUCAACCUGUUGCACAAAAUGGUGGUCAACCAGACCGAUAUGAACAGCACGACACUAGAAUGCGAGAUCGUAGUCGAUCGCCUGAUUAUCAACUCCAUCGGUCUCCUAUUCGUAGAUCUCCGCCCAAUCCAAACCGUCGAGAUAGUCCCACGUACGGUGUAUACGACCCAAAUGCAGGCCCUGAUGGCAACGCACAACGAUUUGAGCGAGGUGAGCGCGGUCGCGGCCGUGGUAAACAACGGGGUGGGCGCAAUGAUCGUAAUGAGUAUCGCCAACGCACGCCUCCUCGACGACAGCCUAGCCCGCCUAGAAAUGCAUUUGUCCAGUCAAAGUAUAUCGAGUGGGAUGAUAGUCUGCCGCGCGACCAUAUCAGAGUCUAUAGUCGUACCUUGUUCGUAGGCGGUGCUGGCGGAACAGAAGGUGAGAUCCGGAGUAUCUUCGCUCGUUUCGGUAGAGUUCAGACGUGUAUUGUCAACCAGGACAAGCGACAUGCUUUUGUUAAGAUGUUGACACGGCCCGAUGCCGUCGCUGCCAAGGAGGGCAUGGACAACCUCCAGGAUCCCACGGCCCAGUCGAAGGCGCGCCAGACACGUUGGGGAGUUGGUUUUGGCCCACGAGACUGCAGUGACUACCAAACCGGCAUUAGUGUGAUCCCCAUCUCUCGGCUUACCGAUGCUGAUCGCAAGUGGGCCCUAAACGCCGAACAUGGUGGCACAGGUGGCAUGCCACUCGAGGGAGGCAUGGUAAUGGAGGAGCCUGAUAUUGAGAUUGGCGCUGGAGUGUCUUCAAAAGCCAUUAGUCGACGCGUUCCUACGGAUGCCCCUCGGGGUGGGCGCAACGGGCGGGGGGAUUUUGGCGGGCGCGGCUUUGACAAUGCGCAACCAAAGUUCCGCAAACCGGCCAACGACCCUCGCCAUAUCUCUCCGCGGCCCGAACAAGGCGUCGCGGUCCCUCCCGCUGUCCCAGGCUUUGGCUUCCAACUCCCUGGUUUCUAAAUAUCAUCUUAUACGUUGGUUUAUUUCUUUACGGGAGCUAUUUUACAGUAUCUUUACGGCGGCUGAUCUGCUUAUGAUAUCCAAAGCAUGGCAAGGCGUUGAUUGGGGUGCAGUAGAGUUCAAUAGCAUAUUCAUGGUUAGCAAUCUAGACAAUCUAAAAGCAUCAUCUUCUCAAUAGUACCGCCUGAUCAGCCUCAGCUAUUCAAGAGACGC